UUAUAUUUUUCUCUUGCUCUUUCACAACGUUUGUAAUUUGUCAAAAUUUCUCGAUUGGAUAAGAAAUUUCGUUCAUUUUAUAUAACAGUACCAUCAAAUUCCAGUUUAGUGCAGUCAAACAAUCAAACGCUCAAGUUACGGACAACAACAUCAUGACCACAUUUGCAGGCAAUCGCCAGCUAAGCACACGCAGCUCAGACAUUGAUGCCUUGGCCCAGCGUGGCUACAAUAUUGGCCAUAAAAUAGGCGAAGGUUCCUAUGCCACGGUCAUUACAGCGGGCUACGCCGAUGAGAGCGGCCAUGGCGUUAAUUUGGCCUGCAAAAUCAUCGACAAGGCCAAGGCGCCCUGCGACUUUGUGCACAAGUUUUUCCCACGCGAACUGGAGAUACUAACCAAGCUGGAUCAUCCGAAUAUAAUACAGAUACACAGCAUAUUGCAACGUGGCCCCAAGAUCUUUAUUUUCAUGCGCUUCGCCGAAAAGGGCGAUCUACUGACGCAUAUAAAGAACUCCGGACCCAUAGAUGAGAAGCAGGCCAAAGUGUGGUUCUUUCAGAUGGCCAAGGCCUUGAAGUAUCUGCAUCAAAACGAUAUAGCGCAUCGUGAUCUCAAGUGUGAGAAUAUAUUGCUAUCGAAGCGUUUGAAUGUUAAGCUGGCGGACUUUGGUUUCGCGCGCUACUGUCGCGACGAGGAUGGACAUCAGUUGAAGUCGGAAACGUAUUGCGGCUCGGCGGCAUAUGCAGCGCCCGAAGUUGUCUGCGGUGUGCCCUACGAUCCCAAGCUGGCGGAUGCCUGGUCGCUGGGCGUCAUACUGUUUAUAAUGAUGAACGCCAAGAUGCCGUUCGACGAUAGCAAUUUGACCAAGUUGCUCGAAGAUCAGCGUGGCAAGAAGUUUGCAUUUCGACGCAAACUGCAGGAUGUGAUAUCGCCGCAUGCAAAGGCAACUGUGUCAGUGCUAUUGGAACCAGAUGCUGCCACGCGCUGGGAUCUGCCUGAGAUACUCAACUGCAGUUGGUUGUUAACGGUCGAUGAUACGCGUCCAUCGGCCUCUACGUAAUCAUGCUGACUUAUAAUUAUAGUGUAAAUUGAAGUUGCAUCAGAAAUUCAUUCGUAUUCUUCACAGUUAUAUAUUGUAUAUAUUUAUAUAUGUAUAUAUUUAUAGUAUAUAGCCGCACACAAGCCACUCAUACCAAGUCCACUCUAAUAUGUAUAUACAUAUAUACGUAUAUUCUUUGAUCGUCCGAUGUUUUUGACAAUAAUAUUUAAACAAAAAUAAUUUUUGAGGAAUACUAGUAAAUUUCGAAUCGAUAAGCUUCA